AUGAGCAUUAGCCAUCGCAAUACUUACAACGCUCUUCGUCACCGUUCCGAUGCUGAGCUUCGCGAAACCCUUCGUCAGAAAUUUUCGGAUAAUCUAAAACACAGAAGGCAAGAGUUUGUAAAUCGGCUCAGGUGCCUCAACCAAGCCUCCCUUUGUGAUAGUAAAGCUGACGAGUCAUCUGAAGAUCUCUCUCUUGGGUCUGAUUUGGAUCAUGAAAUGCUCCAAGUUAGGCGCAAGCUACUCUCCGUACUCAUGGAAGAGGCUCAGGUUUGUACUAUUUUAUUUUCUGCUCUAUCGGUCUACAUAACUUUGGUUACCCAUUCAGAAUUGCUUUUCAUAAUUACAGUAUUUUAUAAAGCUUAG